UCAUAACAUUCAGUUACUAAUGUAAAUUCAUAACAUGGGUGAUAUAUAUCAUUAGCUUGCAUUCAAGUCUUAAUACAAUAUAAUAAUAAGUUGUCUUAAAAUUAAAUAUAAUUCUUUGAAUACGGUGAAACUGGACUUUCAAACAGUGAUGUUGACUAAUAAGGAUUAAUAUGUAAGAAAUAUUUUUAUGUGAAAUAAACAAUCAUUUGAAUACACAUAUAGCAGAAUAAUAUAAAACAAAUAGCAUUUGGACAUUCUUUUUUUAUAGGCAUAAAUUGUUAUUACUCUACAAGGCGAUAUAAAAAUUAGCCCUUUUUCAUAAAAUGAGACACAGUAGUAUGAAAAUAUGGAUAUUAGUUUUCAUUUAAAUCUCAUCACUAUUUAUAUUAUAACAAUUAUGCUUAAUACCCCCAACCCAAGUGGCUCAAUUGUGAGUCUAAAGACUUACAACGCUAAUAACCAGGUUUCGAUACCUGUGGUAGACAGAGCAUAGAUAGCCCAUUGUGUAGCUUUGUGCUUAACAAUUAACCAACAAGCCUAAUGACUGGCUCAGGCGGUAAAUCACAUAAAUAGACAACUUCAGAUAAGAGGCGUGAUUAUGUGUCGUUUAUGGAAGCAAGAACAUUGGCCAUGUGAAAACUUUUAUAUAACACAGAAAUUUCCACUAGAGUGCAUCACUUUUUGAGCGUAUGAACCAAAAGCAUGAAAGAGAUGAGGGAGACGAUUCAGAAGAGAACGAGGAGUGGGGCUAUGGAUGUUAUCGAUUAAAGUGUGUACCAUUUCAACUUCUAUAGCGUAACGCAUAAUAAUUUUAAAUUUUGGAUACACUGGCUAAAAAGGUACAUCAUUAGAAAAGUAUUAAUUUAGCCAACCUAACAUGACAGCUGCAACUCAAACCCAUGUAGCAACUGACCUUCAUAGACAUAAGUUGUCUAUCUUCAGAAGUCUGCAACUAAGUGGUAAACAUCAGGAUGAUUUUAAGGAGUUUUUGUGUGGCUGGGGUGCAGCAUUCAUCAACAUCUCUCUCACAUUUCCAAUCAACAAAGUGAUCUUUAGGCAGAUGCUUGAUGGAAUUCACUUGCAUGCAGCUGUACAACAGCUGAAACUGGAUGGUCUAUACUACUUGUAUCGAGGAUACUUUCCACCUCUCAUUCAGAAAACUGUUUCAGUUUCUGUCAUGUUUGGAACAUAUAAUGAGUAUAGUCAAUAUAUUAGGAACAGCUUUCCCUCAGUGCCUUCUCUUCUCAGUUUAAGUAUUUCAGCUAUACUGGCUGGUUCAACAGAAGCUUUACUGAUGCCUUUUGAAAGGAUACAAACUUUGCUACAGGAUCGCCAGUACCACCAUCGUUUUCACAAUACCUUCCAUGCCAUGUGGGAAUUGAGAAGGUUUGGUGUGAAGGAAUACUUCCGAGGUUUAACCCCCAUCCUGAUAAGAAAUGGGUCAAGCAAUGUGCUGUUUUUUGGAUUUAGAGGGAAAAUAAAGGAAUAUUUACCACCAAGUCAUACCUGUUUUGGACAUACCUUUCAGGAUUUUAUUAGUGGAGCUGUUAUUGGAGCAUUAAUCAGCACAUUGUUUUAUCCUGUGAAUGUGAUUAAAGCUAAGAUGCAAGUACAAUGUGGAACACGAUUCCUAAGUUUCAGUGAGGCCUUUGCUUUAACCUAUUAUGAAAGGAAUUGUAAUAUACAGAAGUUAUUCUGUGGUGUGCAUAUUAAUUACACACGAGCUUUUUUGUCAUGGGGAAUUAUAAAUUCUUCUUAUGAACGUCUGAAAACACUUUUAUAUUGAAAACUUCCAAGUUUGUUUGCAAUACUGUUAAGCUACAAUUGUACAUCCAGUAACUGUUUACUUUUGUUUUUCAAAUUCUCAAGAUAUUUUGGUUAGCUGUCAGGAGAUCUGUAUGAGGAUAUAUUUAAUACUAAUGAGGUACAUAGAAAUGUACAGUGCAGAUUAUUGAAACUUGUAUGUAACUGAGAACUGAAUGUGCCAACAGAAGGACUGGAAUGGUACGACUUUUUAUGCUGAUCAUUAUAUGACACUUAGUUUAACUAAAUAAUGUACUGUUGAUAAAGUCCUUAUUUUUGAUGUAGAUGUCUUUGUUAAUAACUUGCAUUUUUUGCAAAGCAGUUGUGAUAGAUAUAUAAAUAUAUUUCUUUACUAGUUAGAUAGCUGUGUAACCUUUCAUUGAUAUUUUUAAAAAACAUUAUUGAUUAACAUGAACUUGCUGCAGCACACUGUCAGAAAAUUUGUAUUAAAAAUUACAUUGUUGAAUUCUAGAUCAAAUAUUUUAGUAAAAUAUCAAACUUAGAUGCUCAAAUUAAUUUAAAAAAUUCAGAUAGAGGUAAUAAUAUAUUUUACUAAAAUAUUUAUCUGUAGAACAAGCAGUAUAUUUUUCAUUGAUUUCUGAAUUUUGUCUCGCAGGUGUAUGAUUUGAGGUAUUUAAUUCCAAAAACAUGAAGAAAACUUUGUUGGCCUGUCAGAAAGUUAUGAAGUACAUUCUGAUACUAUGUUUUGCUUUGUGUGACUUUGAGAUGUAAUAAUACUAAAAUAACUUGUUUAUGUAGUACUGAUGAUUAGAUACACAUGUAUGUAGAACUGGAAAUUUUCUUUUGAACUGCAGUUUGGUCUGUGGUUUUGAUCUUUUUAACAUCUAUUAUACACUCAAUCAAGGCAUCUCAAGAUGAAUGUCUCCAUUCAUAAGUACCUCAGUGUUUGAAGCUCAAAUCAAUAAUUAAAUAAAAUAUUUAAUGACACACAUACACAACUAUUAAUAAAUUGUAUCCUUUCUAACUCAUUAAUUUGAAAAGGACUUUAUUAACUAGAACUUUUGUUACAUGUACCUUAUUCACAUGUAGAAAAUUUUGGACUUGGUACUAUUAGGUGUUAUUACACAAUUUUUUGUUGUGGAACAGAUGUUGGUGUACAUGUUAAAUUGGAUAAACUCUUACCUUGGUUAAAAUUGUGCAUAAACACCAGUUUAUUUUCUUAUCUUCUGUUUCGAUGUUUUACAUUUUACUUGAAAUGUAGUAACUUAAAAAGUUUAAUUCUUAUACCAAAGUUUUGGUUUUUAGAAUAUAGCUGAAUUUGUGGCUUAAGACUUUAUAAAUAAAUUUAUUCCUUGUUUUAUUACAAGUUACAGUUUGUUAGAUUUUAGAAUGUUGACUUAAUAAUAAAACCUUCUUUACUGAAAAUGAAAAGAUAAAUUUUUUCCUUAAUUCAAAACUAUUGUUACAGGUUUCCAGUUUAUGUAAGCAUUAUUUUAAGAAAAACUACUGUUUGUGUAUAGUAGCUCAGAUAAUAUAAACAUUCUGAAGAAAAGAAAAACUCCAAAAAAGCCUUUUCUCACUUCUUCAAUUGUACAUUCUAUAUUUAUGCACAGUGCGAAAAAGCAUUCAAACUUAUUUAUCUUCCACUUUAAGAUUAUUCAUUGUCAUAUUCUUGUACAUAUUUUUACAUAGACAUAUGUAUAGGUGUUAGUAAAAUUGAAUUAUUUUGUAAUUAUGUAAUUUUUUUGUAAAUUGCUUUGUUUCAAUAACUUUCAUCUGGAAGCCAUAUAAAUUUGUUAAGGUUUUAUUAAAAAAUAAAAUAGUCUCCAUUUGUGGUGAUAUGAACUAUAAUUUCUUAUAGUUCUGCUAUUAUAUUUGUGGACAUGUGCUUCAUUGUGUUAACGUUGAACAUGUUUUAAAUUAUUGCCAUACUUGUAUAUUUAUUUCAGUGUUAUCAUCUAUCUAUACAAUUGUUGAACUUUUUUUCUUUGUUACAUCUGCUAUUUCAUUGUACUAUGCUCAAAAUAAAGGUUAAGUCCUCAA